AUGAUUCUUUUAGCUACCUACAUCACACUCACGCGCGGAACGAGACUACUCUUGCUCAAUGAAUAUACGUAUUCCAAAAGCGGUCCUAUACGUGCCGGCGGCUUCAGGUACAGCUGUUCCAGUGUACACAAGGGCUGUAAAGCUCACGUUCACGUCAGCAGGGAUGAUCUCAUUUUACUCGCGGCCACGGAACAUAACCACGAGCCAACUACGUACAUCACCUUGACGAGAGGAACUAAACUCCUUUUGCUCAACGAAUACACGUAUUUCAAGAGUGGAUACGUACGUGCCGGUGGAUCUAGGUACAGCUGCUCCAGCGUACACAAAGGCUGUAAAGCGCAUUUGCACAUAAGCAAGGAGGAUGUUAUUACAUUAGCGGUUACAGAACACUGUCAUCCACCGAGUAAAUAUAUACGAACGAAGUCUGGAUUGUAUAUGAAAGUGUAA